UUCACUGAUUUAGUGUUGUUCUAGUGCUGUACUCUGGUUUGUGCUUGAGUUGUCGUAAUGGGGUUCACAUCUUUUGCUUCUCAUGUAGGUGGAUGUUGGAUGCAGAAUGUGAAAUUGAUCGGUAUCAACUACUGGGUAGAGAAAAUGGAGACGAGUAUUUAUGUUAAAGAUGGUGUGCUGCACACCUGGAUAUUGUGUUCCUUUUAAAUUUAUAGAUGAGAAGGUCACAACCAGUCAAUUCAACUGGUAAUUAUGCUGUUUUGGUCGCAGUUAUAAUCUGGAGUUCACGGUUGCCCAAAAUCUUGUAGCCGUUAUUGUGGGAAGCUUACUAUACACAGUGAGAUUAGUGAGAUGGAUAUAUAUAAAAAAAAACUGUAUGAACCUGUUUGUGUUGCUGAAAAUAGUGCCUUUGGCAGUGCCACUCCACGGUCUUGCUUGGUUUGUCGAACCUGAGUGUGUCCUGAAGCCCGAAGAAGGGGCGAGCCACUUUGAGCGAAAGCCUCGACCAUAAACACAUGCAUCAAACUAUCUUUUGCACUUGCUAGGAAGGUGGUUUGGGAUGUAUAUUGCUCCAGAAGAACCAACUGAUGGCCACAUGAAACUUGGUGCACAUGCUCUAAGUUAUGCCAGAUAUGGGAUGGAUCUAAUUCCGGAGUAUGAAGUUAGUACUGCAACACUGGUCGCUCUGCUUCAAGUGCUCGAAGGACCAAGGUCCCAUUGGAUUCAUGCAACACUGGUCGCUCUGCUUCGAGCCAGAAAAUUGAACCGUGUCUUGUUAUGCUUUUUUCCCGUUCCUUGAGACGAAACAUUGUGCGUUGGUGAUGCU